UUUUACCUAAAUUGAAUCGCCGCCCGUUUGGACUUACGGCUCAGCAUAUUCAGUGCUGCACUGUUACUUCAGAAACUUUUAGUCUGCGGCGUCACGCUGACAUCAUCUUACUGAGCCGUAGUGCAGUUAUAUAUUCUUCAAUUGCAACCGCACUGAGAUAUAUUACCAAUUUUAAUACCAAACAUGUGGGUUAAGUGGUGUUGGUGUGUGGUUACGACCAUGUUAGUGGUCUCAGUGGUGGUGAGAAGUGGUGAUGCUAGAAGUGACGUGUGUAAUGAAGUAGCUCAGCAGUUGAUGAACAUUGCCGGACCUUCAAGUGACCUGUUGCAUCAACCAACCCUCGUUGGCGAGGCUGCAGCAUGCAGCGGAGGACCAUGCUGCAGACCAGAGCAGAGUGCUGCACUGCAGCAGCACAGCGUGCAGCACAUGCAGCACGCUGUAGCUCACGCUGCAGCACGCAUCAGCUCAGCUCUUCAUGCUAGAGCAGCAGCACUCACGGGUGCAAUCACAGAAGCCUUGGAUUCUAGUGAACAAGAAACGUUGAAAGUUUUCACGUCAUCCUACCCACGCCUGACGCCACACGUAACCCCCAUCCUCCGCAACCUCUUCAGUGGCCUGAAGGCAUCCAUAGCCCAGCCAGACUCUGCGGGGCUGGAGACUGCGCUUGCCCAAUUCUGGAACGACCUUUUCCCUACCGUGUACCACAGCGCCGUGCAUGCAAAGAUGCCGCAGUUCACUGAACAAUACGCGCAAUGUGUGAGGGCAUCAACCAAAAUCAUCAAGCCAUGGGGUAUUAUACCCGCUUUGGUCGACGACCCUGUGUCCAGGUUUUUGGAAUCAGCGCGUCUGCUCCUGAGGGCCUUAGAAACGGCCGCGACUGCUGCCAAAACUCCAGAGAGCUUCGUAUUUCCUGAUGAAUGCAUCGUGGCGUCAACGAGGAUGUCGGUUUGUGGUCUGUGUAAUGCCGUGUCUGCGCAGCCUUGCCACAAUCUAUGUCUUAAUGUGGCGCGUGGCUGUUUGGCCCCCUUGGCCGAAAUCGGAGCCGGAUGGUCUGAUUUGGUCAACGGUGUGGCCAGGGCCAGCAAGGCGCUCAAAGCCGCGCGCCCUGUGCUCGAUAGGCUGCCAGACCACCUGCCUGACGCUGUGCUCGUCGCCAUGGAGACUGGACCCAAGCUCCAGAAGAAGGUGCGCCGCCAGUGCGGCCUGCCCACGCACGUCACGCAGCCCCUGCAGUCUGGUGGAGGGAGCGUCGAUCACAUGGAGCCUCCUCCUCUCCAUCACUCCAAACACUCCACCAGCUCUGCUCCUCAAGAUGUCGACGUGUCCCAACACUCGCCGGACAAUAACGAAGCAAACGUCAUACAAAACAUCAGGCCCUUAGCAUGGGCUGGAGAUGCGAUCAUCAAGCAAGUGGUGAAGGAGCUGUACUCGUCCCGGCAGUGGUUCCAGGAGCUGCCCAAUGCUGUGUGUCACAACACGUCCAAGCUCCAGCACGACCAGCUCUGCUGGAACGGAGAGAAGCUUGCCCCACGAUCAUGUCGCGCAUCACAUGGCUGCCGGCAUCAGACAGCCAGAUGCGUAAAGGCUACGCCGAUGCCGACGCUAACCCGGCCACAGAGCGCCGGCAUCCCGACGGUGGCUCGGGGGGCUCCUUCGUGGACGAGGACGGCGAGGAUGACGAGGACGGUGACUACGAUGGCUCUGGCUACGCGUCCGGUGAUGGGGCCAACGACGUCACUGAGGAGGGCAGCAGAGUCACCACUUACUCCGACGACCAUGAGUCGGUGCAAGUGGUGGCCUCAGGGUCCCCGGGCAGCGUGGGGACGAGCUUGUACUGCAGCUUCUUGCUACUGCCCGCGCUGCUGUACUGCGCGCACUACCCUUGACUACUGCAACUACUGUAUCCUGCUAGUGUCUUGUUCACUGCGUAGAUAUUGCGUCGUGUUGCAUGCAUUGCGUCAUGGUGCAGGCAUUGC